AUGAUUGCCACCUCCUCCCUCAGCGCAGAAAGACCCGGCUCUACCUCUCUCCCCCUCGUCGCCCCCGAAUCCACCGACCGUCCAGUCUCGACCGCGCCCACUGCUGCUUCCGACGCCAAAGAGCUACCUGUGACCUACUCCACUAAUGCUCUGUUGCGCGAACCCCUCGAAGAAAAUGAACUACGUCAAGUCAAUGGUGGUCGGCGUGGGGAACAAGAGCUGCCUCGUUUACAAGCAAAUGCGCAGAUAGAAGACGGUGACAACCUGGCGCCCAUUCUCGAAGAUGAUCCGGCGUCCUUCAACCUUAUCGCCCCUCCUCCCCUAGACCAGGGCGACAUCUUCUCGCUAGAGACGCAGACACAAGCCCUCUUCUCGAGGGGACAUCUACAAGUCAUCUUUGCCGACCCCAGUUACCUCUUCAAAUUCACGUCUUUCCUUGGAAUGUACCGACCCCAGUCGGUGCCUAUGCUCGUGCACUAUCUGGAUUCUCUGAAAUCACUGCGGGCCAUCAAUUAUGCCAACGCCAUCUGCGAGGGUCUAGACCCGAUAGAAGGCUAUGAGUUUACACAAAGACCGGUCAAGCCGACCAUCAAUACGGCAUUGGAAGAGAGGGCGCACAAGGCUUUUGAAAUCCUUGCGAUGGAGGAACUGCCUGCUUUCAUCACACAUCAGUACAUUCAAGUCGUGAGUAACAGCAUUACCGCCAGAAUAACGGGUUCGCUCUCGCCGCAACUCCGGGAAGCCUCAGAUGGGUUAGCAGAAGUUUUUUGUUUGACGGAUCCCUCAAGGCACGACAACCCGAUUGUAUUCGCCUCGGAAGAAUUCAAUCGGACGACCCAAUACGGCAUGUCAUAUGUUCUGGGCAGGAAUUGCAGGUUUUUACAAGGGCCCAUGACCAAUCCGCACAGUCUGCGGAGGAUCCGAGAAGCCCUCAAAGCAGGCAAGCAACAUCAAGAGGUCCUUCUCAAUUAUAGAGGCAUCGUUCGAUAUCAUAUCGGAGCUCAAGUCGACGUGAGUGGGCUUGUCAAGGACUGCUCAGAAAUGGAAUCUCUCCGAAAGCUGUUGGACCUGCGUGCUCGGGGCGAGGAUCCACCACUGCCCGAGAAGCCUAACCCCGAGAAGAACGACGAGCUACGGGAACUGAGCGAGAUGCUUAAUCAAGGCGAGUUGAAUACCAUCAAGCGUCAUGGAGGGAAGAUGCACCGCGAAAUCGUUGAGGAUGACAUUGAGAGCGUGUCGUCUCACCAUCAACCUCGGCUGUUGCUCAAGGACCCGGAUACCAUGGUGCCAUCAGUUGCCAGCAUAAAUGGGAGACUGAGUGGCAUAUAUCAGCACUAUCUCCUUGUGCGGCCAUAUCCUUCUUUGCGAAUCCUCUUUGCGAGCCCGUCACAACGAUUACCUGGAAUUCUUCAGUCACCCUUCCUGAACAAGAUCGGCGGUUCGAAUCGAGUCCGUGAGGAAUUGACGACUGCAUUUGCCGAAGGACGAGGCGUGACCGCCAAAGUGCGCUGGGUCACUAAAGGCGACGACCAAGGCAAGAACAAGUGGAUUCAUUGCACUCCACUACUGGGCCAAUCAGGUCAGAUUGGCGUCUGGAUGGUGGUGGUGGUUGACGACGAGAAGACCAUUGAAAGAUGGCCUACUGCAGCCGGACGACACCCACCCCAAGUGGCCGCCACAGAGAGGAGCUGGACUCCAGCUCCCAACAGCGCGUACCAGAUAGUCGGAUCGCCCCACCACGGUGUUGGCGAAAUGAACGGCGGACAACAGGAUCGAAAUGGUGGAGGCAGCCUGGGCAGUGCCACGGGCAGCGCGACCAGCCUGAGGAUCGGAUGA